UCGGCAUAAAUUUGAUGUCAACUGAGCGGCAGCCACUGCACACACGGCCUCGGCUCACUCAUGCCUCGCUCGCUUCCUCCACAACCCUGUCUGACAAACCCAACAUGGCUGAGACUGAGAAAUUCAAUAAGUUGAAAUUGAAGAAGACAGAAACGCAAGAGAAAAAUUCGCUGCCUCCAAAAGAAACAAUCGAACAGGAGAAGCAAGCAGGAAAAUCCUAAAGAGGUGAUGGCGUUAAUACACACUGUGCCUUCCACAGGCAUUGCCUUAUUUU